GCGGCUCGGCGCUGUCCCCCGGGUGCCGGGGAGACGGCCCCGCGCUGGGGCUCGCCGUCGGCUGCGGGGCGACAGGAUGCCGAAAGGGAAGGGCGCGAAGCGGGGCAGAGCGAAGAAGGGGACCCCGGGGGAGGUGAAGGUGGACAGGGAGUCGGAGGCCGAUCGGGCCAAGGCCAGCGCAGCGCUAUGGGAGGCCCGGCUGGAAGUGACGGAGAUCUCCCGGGCCGAGUACCGCGAGGCCGCCCGCCUGUUGGCCAAAAACAAUGAGGACCUGGCCUGGCAGCAGCGCCGGGUGGAGAAGGACACGGUGGAGGUGAUCAGCUUCCUCAAGAAGCAGGACGUGGAGAAAGACAAGCAGAUUGAUAAACUGAAGCAGCAGCUAACUGAUUUGAAGCAGCAAGCCCAAGAAGACAGUGAGAAGCUGACAGAAUAUUACUCCAAUCAGUUAAAAGAACUGGAAGAAAGAUUCCACAAAAAGGCCAGAGAGAUCAGUUUAAUUCAAGGAGAACUGAAAGUUAUAAGGGAAUUUCGCAAGAAGAAAGCACACAUGGAGAAAGAAUUAGAAGAUAUAAAAGAAAGUAUGCAGAUCUCAAACAGGGAACAUCAGGAGAUAGUUGGAAGGCUAGAAAAGAAGUUUCUUGAGGAAAAGCAAAGACUAGAAAGAGAUGCUGAGAAGAAGAUAGUAAUUCUGGCAGAGAGAGCCCACCAUGAGGCAAUUAUGCAGUUGAACAGCACUGGGAGAGCUGUGUUCAAGGAGAAUGUUCGUCUUCAUGAGGCUCUUGCUUACCACCUGAAGGAGUCAGAAGAGCUACAAAAAAUCAAGGAGCAGCUGGAGAAGGACAAAGCUCUUCUCUUGCAGGAGAAGGAAACCAAUGACAGUUUGGUUCAGGAAAAGAUCCUGCAAAUAACUCAGCAGAAAGCCCAGAUCCAGGAUUUGCAGCACAAGGUAGAGAAGCUGGAGAUAGCCCUACAUCAUAUGACCAGAGAGUUUGAAACAGAAAUUCAGAAAACACAGCAUCAGGCCUUAGUGCCGAACCAGGCAUGUAUGGUAGAGGUUAACAAGCUGCAGCAACUGCUGGAGAUGAAGGAUCGGGAGAUGAACCGAGUGAAAAAACUGGCCAAGAACAUCUUGGAUGAAAGGACUGAGGUGGAAAGGUUCUUCCUAGAAGCUCUGGAACAGGUGAAGCAUGAGAUCAUAACCAGCAGGAAGCGCUGCAGGCAGUUGGCCCAGGCUGCCUAUCAGAGGAAAAUGAUGGCAGCAUUUGCAGGGAAAGAAGAGUACCCUAACAUCAGAACAUUUAAGAGCCACCUCAACAGCACAAAUUACAUGUUCAGCAAUCCAUGGGAGGCAGAAAAAUGGACAGAUACCCAGUUAGAGAAGGUCGAUAUCAGUGAGCUGACCUGGGAACAGAAGGAAUAUGUUCUGAGGGCACUGUUUGCAAAAAUUAAUGCCUUGAAUCAACGAAAAGGCAAACAAGUUUUGGUCCCUUUGGCUCCAGCUGCUGUUAUUACUACUGCUGGAAAAAGAAACAAGACUGGCCCAGAGAACACUGCUUCCAGCCAGACCUUCAUUACACAGCAGGCUCCACUGUCAGAGUCCACCUCUCAUGCAACAGCCCUUCCAGAUAUUCGAAUGGUAACAGCACAGAAGAGAGAGUAAAGCAUCACACACUAAAAGAACAAGCCAUCAGAACCAUCACAGCUGUUGCCUGACUUAUUUAUUUUCUUCUGGGACUUCUCUUAUGCAAUUGGAGUGAUGCUGAGGCUGAGAUUGUAUCCUGAUUCUCUUAUAGUACUGCUAGUUUGACUGCUUCUCUGAAUCCAACCUGAAAAGUCACUGUAAGCUUAUAAAGUGUUUCCCCCCUUUUUAAAAUAAAACCUUUUUUAUUCUUCCUCUGGCCCAAGGUCUGUUGGUAGUCAGGGUUACCUCAGGCUCCUGCUACAGAGUUUAAGCUAAAAGCUGUGAUACCACAAUAUAGGGUAUGUCAUUGUAUUUUGAAGAUGGUAUCUUUCUACUCUGGAAUAAAUGCAUUUGUAUAAGCCUAAAGAACUUUUGGAGUAAAGCGAUAUAUAUAGGAACCUGCUGAAGGGCCUUCCUUGCAGUACUGAGCUGUGUAAAACAAGGAGCUGACUUGGGUCCGAGCAGAUUUAGUUACAGGAAAAAUGGAACCUAUUACAAGGGGCAAAUCAAUGACAUGUCAACAGUAUCUCAUGGCAAACCAGGGUCAUUGCCUGAAGAAAUUUAUUAGCAAUUUUAUUCAUAAUCAAAUUGAAGAAUGUGAGAACUUUCCUCUAAGAUAUAACAGAGAAAAUAAGAUACAAAUAUUAGCGGCUUCACAAUAGUUGUAUUGAAGUCAGGCAGUUGUCAGUUACAAAAGGCAUCAUUAUCAGAAGACAGAAUACAAAAAGUGCUCAUAUUGUUUUAUUUGAUUAGACCAGGGGUGUCAAAUACACAGCCUAUGGGUUGGAUCUGGCCCAUGGAGUUGCUGUAUCUGGGCCACUGGCCUACCAGCAGCCUACCAGAAGUUGUGGGGGUAUGGCCUGCCACAGAAUUUGGGGCCCUUUGGCACUGAUGGCUAUGGCUCCUGACAGCGAGCUUGGCUGGGUGCCCUCCCUCUGGAUUGACUACUGCCAGGCCCCCUGUCACUGCUGGCAGCCCCACUGUCACUGCUACUCAAACCCCUCCCAUACUAGUGGCCAUAGUACCCACUGGAUCUGGUCCACAAUGAGACCCACAACUUGGAUCCAGCUCUAAGCCCCAGUUGAGUUUGCCACCCCUGGAUUAGAUCAACAAAUCAUGAUUAGAAUCAGCAUAUUUGCUUGACUUUCCACAGCUGCAGAGACAAACUUUCUGCAAAUCACUGUUGACUGGACUGAGUCCAAGUGAACAUUACCCUUCAUCCUACCUCAUUGCAGGACCUUUCCAUAACCACUCAAGGAUUGCAUUAGACACCAACUAAGUAACCCCUUCUUGGGUGAUGGAACCCAGGACCACAGCUCCAAACAACACAGAACUUUAUCCCAUGGACUCACAGAACUUCCUUACCUGGCUCUCACACUGGGGAGUAUCGUUCACUUGCAGAUAAUAUGAGCAUCUAUGACAGUAACCAAAGCAGUAGGCAGUAGCAAUACAGACCUGCAUUAUGAAAAGAAAC